AUAUCCUCUCAUCAUGUCGUCAUACGUGGACUAACAUGUCAGCAUAGAAAAGGUUGACCACCAUCCUUACAUAAGUGCGUAAGCUAAACCCCCGAACCAGACGGACACGCGUCCGUCCCACCUGUCACCAUGGGUUGCUGUCAGUCUAAGCCCGCGAACGGCGGAUCGCAUCACUCUCAACAUCAACAGAUACCCGUUCCUCCUGAUGUGAACGGAACAGCAUCCGCAUCAUUUGAUACCUCACUGGACGAGGUUAGGCUUCAACCAACACCAUCAGAUGGGAAACGCAGCAAUGGGCUUGUGGUGGAGAAUAAUAACGUAGCUGCUCCUAAUGUAGCUCCAUCCGUGGACGUGGAUGCACUUGACGGAAUAAAGCACCCCUCUCAGGUUUCUACCAUUGGCAUCCAGACAGAGAAUUGGUACCCCAAGGAUACAUCAGGGAAAAUGCCACUUCUGAACAAUUCUUCUCGUUCAGUCGUGCUCGGAAUGGAAGGUGACAGGGGACUGGAGAACCUUGGGUUUCAGGGUUCGAGCGCCUCUUUGAUUCAAGAACCAAGGGUUGACACAUCAUCAUCAUCAUCGGCACCAAUGACCGCUGGCCUGGAUGAGAGACAGAAGACCCUGGUAGAGAAUACUUGGAAGACUCUAGAAAAGAAUACAGAGCUCUAUGGUUCUAUCAUGUUUGCCAAAUUGACAACUGAUCAUCCAGACAUUGGAAAGUUAUUUCCUUUUGGUGGAAAGAAUCUGACUUACGGAGAACUGCUUGUCGACCCCGAUGUCCGUGUGCAUGGUAAGAGGGUCAUAGAAACCCUUGGAUCCGUGGUCGAAGACCUGGACGACAUGGAGCUCGUCAUUCAGAUCCUCGAAGACCUCGGUCAGAGACACAAUGCUUACAACGCCAAGAAGACACACAUUAUUGCUGUUGGUGGAGCCCUUCUAUUCACCAUAGAAGAAGCCUUGGGUGCUGGAUUCACACCCGAGGUGAAAGCUGCAUGGGCUGCCGUCUAUAACAUCGUGUCUGAUACGAUGUCAACGAAGCUAUCCGGUGGACCUCUGACGGCCAGGGAGCAGGAGCUAGUACAAAAGACCUGGGGUGUGCUCUCUCUUGAUACAGAACAACACGGAGCAGCCAUGUUUGCCAAACUAAUAUCGGUCCAUCCUGCAGUUGCUCAAAUGUUUCCAUUCGGCGAGAAUCUCUCUUACAGUCAGCUCGUGCAGAACCCGACCUUGAGAGCUCAUGGCAAGCGGGUGAUGGAGACCAUCGGACAGACAGUCGGAAGCCUCGACGAUCUCGAUAUCCUGGUGCCUAUCCUUCGUGAUCUGGCCAGGAGACACGAGGGGUACAGUGUCACCAGACAGCAUUUCGAGCCCGUCGGUGAAGCCUUGAUGCAUGCCAUCCAGGAGGGACUUGGCCGAUCGUUCAGCGAAGAAGUGGAAAGGGCGUGGCUGGCAGUGUUCAAGCUGGUUGUGGAUACCAUGUCCGACAUGCUUCCAGAGGGACCUAAGGAGGUCAUGUCUACAACGCAGAAGCGCUUGAUCCAGGACACAUGGAAGAAGUUAUCUAAAGAUCCAGAAAGACAUGGAUCCGUCAUGUUUGCCAAAUUAACAACUUCUUAUCCAGAGGUUGGUAAAGUAUUUCCGUUUGGCGGGAAAGGUUUCUCCUACGAGCAGCUGCUACGAAAUCGGGACGUCAAGGCUCAUGGAAGACGCGUCUUUGAGACUGUCGGUCAAGCGAUCAAUGGUCUCAAUGAUCUCAACUUACUUAUGCCAACUCUCAAGGAUCUGGCGCAGAGACAUGUCGGAUACAAUGUCCAGAAGCGGUACUUCGUUCCAACUGGUGAAGCGUUCCUGCACGCGGUAAGACUUGGCGUUGGUCCUUCCUCAUUUACGUCUGAUGUCCGAGAUGCAUGGGCUGUCCUCUUCAAAGUUGUCACUGACCCCAUGGCUGAGGUAGUCCCUGAUGGACCCAUCACGGCAACACACAAGAGCCUCGUGCAGAAAUCCUGGAAGACAAUCGGCCAGGAUCCUACAAAACACGGAUCAGUAAUGUUUGCCAAGUUGAUCACAGACAAUCCACAUGUCGGCAAACUUUUCCCAUUUGGGAGCAUGAACCUCAGUUAUGACCAGCUCCUCGCCAACAAGGAUCUUGGUGCCCAUGGAAAGCGGAUCAUCGACACGAUAGGGGUGGCCGUAUCUGGACUGGACGACUUGGAACUAUUGAUCCCGAUACUGCAGGAUCUAGCCAAGCGUCACGUGGGAUACAACGUCACAAAGCAACAUUUCAAGCCUGUAGGGGGAGCUCUGAUACACGCUCUACGACAAGGUCUCGGAAGCAGAUUCACACCCGAGCUAGAGGCUGCAUGGACAGCUGUCUACUCAGUUGUCGCUGAUACCAUGUCGCCUCUACUUCCCGCUGGUGGAUUGACCACCGAACAGAAGAAUCUCAUCAAGGGUUCCUGGAGGAGUGUGGCGCCAGAAAAAGCAAAAUGUGGCGCCGUCAUGUUCGCAAAGUUAGUUACUGAGCACCCACAUAUAGGAAGGCUCUUCCCGUUUGGUGGACUCAACAAGUCAUACCAGAGUCUCCUCAUGGAUGACAAGGUUAAGGCUCAUGGUCUUCGAGUUAUGCAGACAAUUAGUGAUGCCAUCCGAGUGUUAGAUAACCUGGACAAACUCCUUCCACUUUUCAGAGACCUCGGCAAGAGACACGUCGCGUACGGAGUUACCAAAGAACAUUUUGCAGCAGUAGGAAGAGCCUUGAUAAAUUCACUCAAGGAAACACUGGGAAGUUCCUUCAACGACAACACUAAGAACGCUUGGCUUACCUUCUGGCAGCUCAUCGAAGACACCAUGUCCGAGCAGCUCGUUGCUGUUGCCGAGGAUGGUCUUAUAACAAGGAACCAGAAGGAAAUAGUGCAGAGAACAUGGAAGAUGCUCGAGAAAGAUCCGGGAAGGCACGGCGCCGUCAUGUUCGCUAGAUUGCUCACAGAUCAUCCUGACGUGGGUCAUCUCUUUCCCUUCGGAAACAAGGGUCUAUCCUACCACCAAUUGCUUUGGGACGACACAGUCAAGGCACAUGGCAAGAAGGUGAUGCAGACCGUCGGACAUGCUGUAGAUGGCUUGAACGAUCUCGAUGUCCUCGUUCCCAUUCUCCAAGAUCUGGCGAGAAGACAUAUCGAGUACAAUGUCAACAGGACGCACUUUGAGCCUGUUGGGAAAGCACUGCUCUACGCAAUAGAGAAGGGUAUAGGGAAUACCUUUGACAAUGAAACCAAAGAAGCCUGGAUGGCCGUCUUCUCUAUAAUUGUAAACACCAUGUCUGAAAUACUACCUAGCUCCACGGAGGAGGGAGGACCUUUGACGCGCGAACAGAAAAGACUGGUCAAAACCACUUGGAAGAAACUUGCCACGAACCCGACAAAACAUGGAGCCGUCAUGUUUGCAAAACUUACAACUGAGAAUCCUGAUGUAGGUCAUAUGUUCCCAUUCGGUGGCAAAAAUCUUUCAUACCAACAGCUACUGAAGGAUCCUCAAGCACAAGCACACGGUAAACGUGUUAUGGAGACGGUUGGAACGGCUGUAGAUGGACUGGACGAUUUAGACCUCCUUGUACCUAUUUUGCGGGAACUGGCAACGAGGCAUGUAGGCUACAAAGUCACAAAGCAACACUUCAAGCCUGUAGGUGCAGCGCUGAUUCAUGCCAUCAAAGAAGGACUUGGUUCAUCCUACUCUACAGAUAUCCAGAGUGCCUGGGUGGCCGUCUUCCAGCUCAUUACCGACACCAUGUCCGAUGUCCUUCCAAAUAGUGGUCCUCUGACGUCGGCGCAAAAGGAGUUGGUGAAAAGAACGUGGCAAGUGCUAGCUCCGAACCCAGCGAAGCAUGGAGCUGUGAUGUUUGCACAACUUACAACUGAGAACCCUGAUGUAGGUCAUCUAUUCCCAUUCGGUGGCAAAAAUCUUUCAUACCAACAGCUACUGAAGGAUCCUCAAGCACAAGCACACGGUAAACGUGUUAUGGAGACGGUUGGAACGGCUGUAGAUGGCUUGGACGAUUUAGAUCUCCUCGUACCAAUUUUGCGGGAACUAGCAAUGAGGCAUGUAGGCUACAAAGUGACCAAACAACACUUCAGUGCCGUAGGUGCAGCGCUGAUCCAUGCCAUCAAAGAAGGACUUGGUUCAUCCUACUCUCCAGAUAUCCAGAGUGCCUGGGUGGCCGUCUUCCAGCUCAUUACCAACACCAUGUCCGAUGUCCUUCCAGACAGUGGUCCUCUGACGUCGGCGCAGAAGGAGUUGGUGAAAAGAACGUGGCAAGUUCUAGCUCCGAACUCAGCGAAGCAUGGAGCUGUGAUGUUUGCAAAACUUACAACUGAGAACCCUGAUGUCGGUCAUUUGUUCCCAUUCGGUGGCAAAAAUCUUUCAUACCAACAGCUACUGAAGGAUCCUCAAGCACAAGCACACGGUAAACGUGUUAUGGAGACGGUUGGAACGGCUGUAAAUGGCUUGGACGAUCUAGAACUCCUCGUACCAAUUUUGCGGGAAUUAGCGACGAGACAUAUAGGCUACAAAGUGACUAAACAACACUUCAGUGCUGUAGGUGCAGCUCUGAUCCAUGCAAUCAAAGAAGGACUCGGUUCAUCCUACUCUCCAGAUAUUCAGAGUGCCUGGGUGGCCGUCUUCCAGCUCAUUACCGACACCAUGUCCGAUGUCCUUCCAGAUAGUGGUCCUCUGACGUCGGUGCAGAAGGAGUUGGUGAAAAAGACAUGGCAAGUGCUAGCUCCUAACCCAGUGAAGCAUGGAGCUGUGAUGUUUGCAAAACUUACAACUGAGAACCCUGAUGUAGGUCAUCUGUUCCCAUUCGGUGGCAAAAAUCUUUCAUACCAACAGCUACUGAAGGAUCCCCAAGCACAAGCACAUGGUAAACGUGUUAUGGAGACGGUUGGAACGGCUGUAGAAGGCUUGGACGAUUUAGAUCUCCUCGUACCAAUUUUGCAGGAACUGGCGACGAGGCAUAUAGGCUACAAAGUCACAAAACAACACUUCAGUGCUGUAGGUGCAGCUUUGAUCCAUGCCAUCAAAGAAGGACUUGGUUCAUCCUACUCUCCAGACAUCCAGGGUGCCUGGGUGGCUGUCUUCCAGCUCAUUACCAACACCAUGUCCGAUGUCCUUCCAGACAGCGGCCCUUUGACGUCGGCGCAGAAGGAGUUGGUGAAAAGAACGUGGCAAGUUCUAGCUCCGAACCCAGCAAAGCAUGGAGCUGUGAUGUUUGCGAAGCUACUCACCAGACAUCCCAACGUCGGCAAACUCUUUCCCUUCGGGAAAGAAGACCUGUCCUACGAACAGCUCUUGAAGCACGCCCAAGUUCAGGCUCACGGGAAGAAGGUGAUGGAGAAAGUAGGUGAUGCUGUGGAUGGGCUAGAUGACCUUGAUCUGUUGGUCCCCAUCCUCAAGGAGCUUGGAGGGAGACACGUGGGAUACGGUGUCAACAAGCAACUGUUUGAGCCUGUUGGAGAGGUACUUCUGGAAACUAUCAAAGAAGCACUGGGAGAUACUUUUAACGAAGAAUUAAGACUGGCUUGGACAGCAGUUUUUAAGAUCAUAUCCGAUACAAUGUCUGAACCACUGAAUGAAGACGGGUCCAUUACAGCUGAGCAUAAACGACUGGUACAGAAGACUUGGACAAAGUUAUCCAGCAAUCCAGCUAAACACGGAGCCACAAUGUUUUCAAAGCUGGUCACAGAUUAUCCUGCAGUGGGUACUCUGCUACCAUUCGGUAAUGAAGGUCUUUCGUACGACCAACUCCUGGUCGAUCCGCGGGUCCGCGCCCACGGCACCAAGGUCAUGCAGACUGUUGGAAGCGCCGUGGAUAGACUCAAUGAUCUCGAAUCGGUCGUGCCACUGUUACAAGAACUUGCGACGAGACAUAUAUCUUAUGGUGUCACCAAGCAACACUUUUCGCCUGUUGUAGAAUCCCUGAUGCACGCCAUCAAACAGGGACUUGACAGCGACUACAACAACGAUGUCGAAAAGUCUUGGCUUGCAGUCCUGCAGGUCAUUGUCGAUACGAUGUCCGCCGAACUACCAGACGGAUCCCUCGACGACGCUAAGAUAAAUCUUGUUCGAGAGACCUGGGUGACCCUGUCUACGAAUCCAGAACAACAUGGGGCCGUCAUGUUCGCAAAGCUGGUAACAGAUAACCCCACAGUCGGCAGGCUAUUUCCUUUCGGAAAGAAGAAUCUUUCUUAUGAUCAACUUCUUGUCGAUCCCCAAGUAAAAUCGCACGGAAAACGAGUGAUGGAUACCGUGGGUCAUGCCGUAGCGGGUCUCGAUGACUUGGAUCUACUGGUACCUAUCCUCGAAGAAUUAGCACAGAGACACCAUCUGUACGGUGUAACCAAGAAGAACUUCAAACCCGUUGGGGAUGCACUGAUGCAUGCCAUCGAGAAAGGACUGGGUCAACGAUUCACCACAGAAGUCGAGGGUGCCUGGAAAGCUGUAUUCACGGUGAUAACCAACACCAUGUCCAAGAUCUUGCCAGAGAAUACAAUACUAACGCAGGAAACCAAACAGCUUGUGAAAGAAUCCUGGAAGAUCCUAUCAACAGACCCUGGUAAACACGGCGCUGUCAUGUUUGCAAGACUAACAACACAAAACCCCAUUGUCGGCCGACUAUUCCCAUUCGGGGAUAAAAAUUUGAGCUACGGUCAGCUGCUUUCGAAUCGAAUGGUCAGAGAACAUGGAACAAAGGUGAUGAAAACCAUCGGCCAGGCCGUAGACACACUCGACAACGUGGACAAUCUCGUGUCCGCCUUGAAAGACCUGGGACUCAGGCACACUCAGUACGGCGUCACCAAAAUGCACUUUGAGCCGGUGGGGCAGGCAUUGAUUUACGCCAUCAAAGAGGGGCUAGGACAGUCGUUCACCAGCAAAGUGAAAGGUGCGUGGUCAUCUAUCUUCCAAUUGAUCUCUGAGACGAUGUCGGAAGAACUGCCUGAAGGACCCAUAUCGUCCAACCAUAUUGAACUACUGAAACGAACAUGGAAGGUCCUGGGUCAGAAUCCCGAACAACUUGGAGCUGUUCUGUUUGCCAAGCUAGCAUCAGACCAUCCUCUCGUCAGCUCGCUCUUUCCCUUUGGCGGGAAAGGUCUGACCUACGACCAACUCCUCCAAAACGAUGACGUCAAGAAACAUGGCCGUCAAUUCAUGGCUACCGUCGGCAAUGCCAUCGAGAAUCUCGAGAAUCACGAGAUUCUCAUCCCUAUGUUUGAAGAUCUCGCCAAGAGGCACGCUGGGUUUGGUGUCACAAGGCAACAUAUUCCGUUUGCCGGGGAAGCGCUACUGUACGCCAUCAGUGAUGCGCUCGGUCAGGAUUUCACGGACGACGUCCGCCAGGCGUGGGAGACAGUUUUCCAGUUGAUAGUUGACGUAAUGUCUGCAAAGUUACCAGACGGUAAGAAGGCAACGGAUAUCGACACGAUGACGAAGAAACAGCGGGAACUCGUUGAGAGCACGUGGGAGAUGAUGGCUUCUGCUCCCGAUAAACAUGGGGCGGUCAUGUUUGCAAAACUGGUCAGCGACAAUCCGAAGGUCGGGAGGCUCUUCCCUUUCGGCAAGAAAAAGUAUCCCUACAAGAAACUCCUGAAUGAGAACGAGGUGAUCAGUCACGGUGAAAGGUUCAUGACCACCCUGGGUCAAGUGGUUGGUGGCCUGGACGACCCGGAGUUCUUGGUUCCGAUGCUCCACCAGCUCGCAACCAGGCACUCUGGCUACGGGGUCACGAAAGAACUCUUCCUGGCUGUCAAGAGUGCCCUAAUGUUCACCCUGAAACAAGGCCUAGGCAAGUCAGUCUUCAGCGGAGAAGUCCAGGAGGCAUGGGCAGCAGCAUAUCAGUUCAUUGAGGACAGCAUGUGUGAGAAGCUGUAGGAUACUCAUGAAUGACAAUCAAUUAAUGUGAGAGUUGCAUCACAACAGAGUCAGAACUACAACCAGAUACUUCGCACAAAAGUCACGAAACAUUAAAAAUGUCUAUACUGACUGUGUUUCAAGCAGCACAUCUACAUGUAACUCCCUUUGUGUCCACGUUUUUGAGGCAGUGAGAUGAACCAGCAGGUUGUUAGGUAGAAGCCUGUCACACCCCCCCCCCCC